AUGUCUACAUUCUUUGACGAAAUGAAAAAGUCCUUUGUCGACGUCCCUGUGGUCGACUCCAAGAUUGAAACCACCUCUUUCUUGGAUGCCUCUGCCUCACUCGUUAAGUUGUUUGACUUGUUGGGCUCCUCCGCUUUCGUGGUGGUCCAAAAGGACAUGACAGGAAACAUCGAAAAGAUCAGAAAAAAGUUGUUGGCCGACCCAGCAAAUGCAUCCACUUUGCAAGACUUGAUCCUUUCUGAGGCUGGAACCAAAGAUAAGACUGCCACCCAAGGUCUCUUGUGGUUGACCAGAGGGUUGGAGUUCACGUGCCAGGCCAUGGUGGAAACCGUUAAAAACCCCCAGUCCGAGAUGACCAAGACUUUCACCGACGCCUACGGCGUCACCUUAUCUAAGUACCACGGAAUGUUGGUCAAGCCAGUGUUUAAGUUGGCUAUGAAGGCCUGUCCCUACAGAAAAGACUUUUUUGCCAAGUUGGGGCCCGACCAGGAAAAAGUCACCAAGCAGUUGACAGCAUGGUUAGACGCUUUAGAGAACAUUGUCAAGAUCAUUGUGGACUUCUUUGCCUCGGGAAACUAUGGUAAGGGCUUAUAA